GGUCUUCGAUAAAAGAAAAAGGUUGAGCUUCUCAGCAGAAGAAUUAUCAGGCAAGAAUGGCGGAACACUUGGCUUCCAUAUUCGGGACGGAGAAGGACAGGGUUAAUUGCCCAUUCUACUUCAAGAUCGGAGCGUGCCGUCACGGCGACCGGUGCUCGCGUCUCCAUACGAAGCCGACGACAAGCCCUACGAUUGUGCUUUCCAACAUGUACCAGCGUCCUGAUAUGAUUACCCCCGGUGUCGACCCCCAGGGCCAACCCCUUGACCCCAAAAAGAUCCAAUCCCAUUUCGAGGAUUUCUAUGAAGAUUUGUUUCAGGAGCUAAGCAAGUAUGGUGACAUUCAGAACCUGAAUAUCUGUGAUAAUUUGGCUGACCACAUGGUGGGUAAUGUCUAUAUCCAGUUUAGGGAGGAAGAUCAAGCACAAGAAGCUCUUCAGAAUCUUACCGGAAGGUCUUACGAGGGGCGUCCAAUCAUUGCUGAUUUCUCCCCGGUGACGGAUUUCCGUGAAGCAACCUGUAGGCAGUACGAGGAAAACGUUUGCAACCGAGGUGGAUACUGUAACUUCAUGCAUCUGAAAAAGAUAAGCAGAGAGCUGCGACAACAAUUAUUCCGAAGGAGUGGACGAAGGUCUGGGCGAAGCAGAAGCAGAAGCAGGAGCCCUAGUCCACGUCAUCGAAACCACGAGGAGCGACAUGGUGGUGGUUCUGGGAGGAGAGGAGAUCACCGCCACCAUGAUAGAGGCGGUGAUAGAGGUGGUGAUAGAGUCGGUGACAGAGGCGGUGAUCGGGGCGGUGAUAGGGGUGGUGAUAGGGGUAGAAGGCCUAGAAGCAGAAACCCCGAUCGGAGAAGCGGAAGAAGCAGAAGUCCACCUGGCGGAAGGAGAAACAGGAGUCCAGUUAGGGAAAGCAGUGCUGAGAGAAGGGCAAAGAUUGAGCAGUGGAAUAAGGAAAGGGAGACGGGGCCCGCUGUAGAGAAUAAUACUAGUAAAAGUGACGACAGCGGAAGCAGGGCUUACCAGCAAAACGAUGGCCAAUUGAAGGAAAAUAGCGCCCCCCGAUCACAGCAAGAAGAUGGGAAUUACGACUUCUGAAAGGCUUUAUGGUUUGUUUUCUGUUUUUUUUUUCUUAUUCCAUUUGUGCCCUUUAUGCUGAUUUUUGGUUGUUUUUUCCGAUUUUCUUUUGGUUAGAUAUGGAGCACUGUGAGAAAAGGCUUACUGCCCUUUUUCCACUGUGCAGGUGGGAGGUUCUUUCUCACGUGGUCAAAAUCUCCAUUUAUUGACCAUUUUCUCCCUUUCUUUUAGAACAGCAGGAAAAAGCUGUAGGCACGUAAUUCACAUAUAUAUCAUUACAACCUAAUAAACCCAUGCAAGAAUUAAGGAAAAUAAUGUGGUCGUAGCUGAUACAAAAUAUUGGUUGAUCAGUAGAAAAUAUUGAGUGUCUGAAUAUCGAUAGGCCAUAUUUUCUCGCAUUAGACAUAAAAAUCCGUGUCAUAUAAGAAUAUGUAUGUACCGGGUAUGUUUGCGCUUCUGUACAACCAACCACAGGGUGAGCUGAUAAAGGAGGUUUUAGGCGAUUAUAUAUUAAAUUUGUGUAAUUUAAUAAAAAUUCUCUCUAAGUUUUGCAGGGUCAGGUACUCCUGUCGGGGCGUGCUCUUUUUCAUUCAAGUUUAUAUUGAUUUUUCUAUACAGGUUUUGCUGUUCUGUUUGCAGAGAAGGACACAACUACUAUGACAUAUGCAAAAACAUGUGUUUGGAUUGCAGGAUUGAGCGACGAAUGGCAUCUUCUGGUGUUUUGGUUUUAUCGAUGUUUUACCUGUAGCCUACUAUGACUGUUUUGUUAGAACAUGUUAAUGGUUCUCUUCUUUUUAUUGCCCGUGAUAUUCGCUAUAUGUACUCGCAACUUUGUUGUUACGUUUUUUGGUUCGGAUUUCUGUUAAUUUAAUGUGGUAAUUGAGAUGGAUUUUCUUGCUA